UUAUUUAUGUAAUCCUAUAUAUAUUCCAUUACUUCUUAGCUUGUACACAAAAAAUUACUUAACAAAAAUGACUCAUAACAAUGCUACCAAGAAAUGGUCUUUGCUAAACAAGCUAAGGAGGGCUGUUAAGAAGCUUAAUGUUAUCUUAAGUUUGACGUUUAAGUAUAGCCAAUGGAGCUUGAUCUCGAUCCUACGUGCUCCAUCGAGUGCUAGAAGACGUUACACUCGUCAUUUGAGCUUUAAUGAUGAGUUAGGAAUAUACAAUGGAUGUUCUGAAGAUGUGUUAUGUAAUGGAGAAAGUAAUGGUAGUGAUAAUAGGCGCGAUUUGUGUUCGUUUAGAAGUUUGGGAAGGAUGAAUUAUAAUAACUAUGGUACUGAAGAUAUUGAUAGAAGGGCUGAUUUGUUUAUUGAGAAUUUUCAUCGUCAACUUCGGAUGGAAAGACAGAUUUCUUUGGAGCUUAGAUAUUGCAAUAAUAAUGACAAUAUUAAUAGUAAUUUGGAGAAUAGUGUUACAAACUCUAGGAUAUGAAUUUUUGAUUUGUUUUUCCUGAAUACUAUGAGAAAAUACAGUAUUAGAUUAUGCAUAUGUAUACUGUUAUAUUAUUAGUAAAGGGAUAUAUUUAUAUAUAAAUAUAUGUAUGAAUGUAGAUCUUUUGUCAUUUUUUUUGAUAUGUCAUCCUUAUAAUUUACCCUGU